UUCUAUGGGUGUAUGUAACCCGAGAUAGUUAGAUGUAAUGGCGCAAUUGGAUGUAAGAGAGUAGAGAGCAGUGAAGGGCGCGUGGAAGGAAAGAGGAAUGCGUAGCAUUAAUGGAGGGUUCAGCAUGAAACGUCUUUUAGCUGUUGCCUGCUCUCCCUCACCUGACACAAAUACAUACAACCACCAUACUCACUCUCUGUCAGUCGAGAACGCCAACAGUCUCGGCCACCACCACCACCACCUUCCUUCCACUUUCCAAUGCUUAGUCAUUACUAACACCCUCUCCUCCAUUUCCAUUCACUGUUUGUCGAGGAAUCCGAAAAUAUACUAUGUGCAACACGUGAGCACUGUUCCCGUGGCUAAGUUGCAGAUUGAAAGAAUUUAAAAGAAGAAGAAGAAGAAGAAGAAGAAGAAGAAGAAGAAGAAGAAAAUAUCUGUUUCUGCAAUGCUGAAACAUGAAAGAGAUGUGAAACUGUGGUUUUCUGAGUGGUCACUGGUGUGUGCCCGUAAUUAAUAAGUCUUAGCGUAUUCAAUUUUGGUGCAGCAUUCAGUAGUAGACCAAAGGGAAUAGUGGGUCAGGGUUCGUUGAAUUUGCCUUUCUUUUUCAUUUGGGAGGUUAAAAUAUGCAUACACCAAAAGCAAGAACUAAUUCAUCCGAAAUGCCCCAAAGGAAAUCCCCUGUAAACACCCCUCGGACUGCUCGCAUGUUGAAAACACCAAACUCCGAUUCCGAUUCGCUUUCUUCCUCUCCAAACCCUGCAAGAAAGUCACUAAAAGAUAGGAGUCCCAAGGUCAACGAGCAUCGUUCACCACAAAGUCCAAUAACUGAGAAAAAACGAUCUAGUAAGGUCCAGGAAUUGGAAUCUCAGAUUUCUCAGCUUCAAGAAGAUCUGAAGAAAUCGAAGGAUCAACUUAACUCAUCCGAGUUAUGGAAGAGAAAAGCUCAACAGGAAGCCGAGGCGGCAAAGAAGCAGCUUUUAGCCCUGUCAAAAGAGCUGGAGGAAUCUAAUCAGCAGCUUAUGGACCUUUCUGCCUCUGAGGAAGCACGGCUGCAAGAACUCCAUAAAAUUUCUCAAGAUCGAGAUCGAGCAUGGCAGUCAGAACUAGAGGCUGUCCAGAAGCAGCAAUCAAUGGACUCAGCUGCUUUGUUAUCUGCCAUGAACGAAAUACACAAACUGAAAACGCAGCUUGAAAGGGUAGACUCCGAAGCUACUCAGUCAAACAACAAAGAUGCAGCUUAUGCUGAGAUUCAGGAUUUGAGGAUGGAGCUUGCCAAUGCUCUCUGUGUUGUAGAAAAUCUUAAAAACGAAGUAAGUGAUUGCAGAGUCGUGGAAUCCCGGGCCUUGGAGUUGGUUGGCAAAAUGCAAAUGCAAUUGGAAACUGCAAAUAAUACCAUGGAAGCACUCCGAGCAGAUGGCAUGAAAGCUACAGAAGAGUAUGAAUCUGUUGCCUCAGAGUUGGAACAAUCAAGAACUCAAAUAAAAUCAUUGGAGGGACUCGUGAGCAUACUAGAGGCUAAUUUGGUUAGCGGUGCUAACAAAAUUAUAUUAGGUCCAACUGAAGAACAAGGACAUGUGUGGGAAAACGGUGAAGUUGAGGAGAUAAACCGGCUCAAAGCUGAGCUUAGCUCUGCACAGUCUGAAGUAGAGCAGUUGAAAUCUGCAUUGGAUGCCUCCGAGAUAAGGUUCCAAGAAGAGUAUAUCCAAAGCACAUUGCAGAUUAGAAGUGCUUAUGAACAACUUGAACGUUCUAAAUCUGAAUCUGGUCAGCGAGAAGCUGAAUUAAGUGAGGAACUGAGGAGAGCUACAGCAGCUGCUGAAGAACUAAAGGCAAACUUGAUGGAAAAGGAAUCUUGGUUGCUGAGUAUCUCGCAGGAGAAUGAAGGGCUCAACUCUAGGAUCAAGGAAAACCAAACUAGAGAAAGGGAAUUUGAACUUGCCAUGGAGCUUAAGAAAUUGGAUGCUGACAUUGCGGAUUUGAAGGCAAAAAUAUUAGACAGAGACACUGAGUUGCAAACUAUAACCGCAGAAAACUGUAUGCUCAAGAUGGAAAUAAAAAAGGAAUUGGAGAAGAAUAGAAUUACUGAAGAGGCUGUUGCUACAGCUGAAGCUGCAAAGGUUGCGGAAAAGGAGGCAUUGAUUAAACUUGACUACAUAACUGAAGAAGUUGAUAAAAGUAAGCUGAGAGUGGCACGUGUUACAGAGCAGUUGGAUGCCGCACAGGUCAUGAAUUUGGAGUUGGAGGCUGAACUGAGGAGACUGAAGGUUCAGUCGGACCAGUGGAGAAAGGCAGCAGAAGCUGCAGCGUCUAUGCUUGCUUCUGGAAACAACAAUGGGAAAUUUGUGGAGAGAAAUGGCUCACUUGAUUGUAGCUUCAAUUCCGUUACCGGCAGGUUGAGUACAACUUAUUUAGAAGACACUGAUGAAGAGUCACCAAAGAAGAAAAGUAGCUUAAGGAAGAGGAUUGGAGUGUUAUGGAGGAAGAAUCACCAAUAGCUUAAGUGGUUCCGGGUACUGGUUGGUUUUUCUUGAGACAUGGCCAUGUUAAGCAGUUCCUUGGGGGAAAUCUAUGACAAAAUAUUGUGAAAGAUAUUUCUUUUGUAGAUACAUAGAACCCCCGCAUGAAAUGAAGCGGCUUAUUAAUGAUGAUGCAGUUAAUAGUUUAAGUGGUUGAUGGGGACCCACCCCCCAUUUUAUUUUGUUGUGUCUAGGACUAGCAGUCAUCAAGUCUGUUUUCAUGUCAUGACAUUCUUAUUCCUCAAUAGUAUGUAGCAAGUAGCAAGAUGAUUUAUUGAUAUGAAUGAAAGGCAAUACUAAUUAAUGUCCUAAUA